AGGGCAUACUCUCGAAAUACAACGAGUGCCCAAAGUGUGGAUGAUUCCGCUAUUACAAGGAAUCGCAUGGGGAAACAACUAAAGCAAAGGACCUCCGACCUUGAGCCGGAAUCUUUUACACGUAUGAAGGAAUUCACCUACAGCAUGAACCUGGCAGCCUUAAAUGAUGUGAAAUUUCGAAGUCCCGCAAGUCAUGAUGACCAAUACAUCGACGUUGGUUGCGGACCAGGUAACUUCCUUGCGGAGCAGCUGCUACCACGUCUGCAGCCCUUCGCCCGUGUCGUCUCUACCGAUAUAUCCGAGGACAUGAUUCUAUACGCCCAAAGCCACCACAAGGCGCCAAAUGUGUGUUUCGAGGUAGUGGACAUUGAGAACGGAGAUGUUCAAUUCAUCGUCGACAAGUACGGGCUCUUCAACCGCGUCUUUUCUUUCCUCACUUUUCACUACAUUUGGGAGUUGCACAAAGCUUACCGCAACAUCAGUCGACUGCUAAAAGAUGGUGGGGAGUGUGUGGUUGCCUACUUUACGAGGACAGGCGUCACGGACGUCUGGCACCGUAUAUACCAAAAAGAAGAGUGGCAUUCUCACAUCCCGGACCUGAGCUCGAUGUUCGCUGGGCGCUACUGCUUCGACGAACCGGUCGACGAAGAGAAGCUGGCUGCCCUGGAGAAGAGCGCCGUCACGGCGGCAGGUCUCGAAUUGGUCACCUGCCGUACUUACUGCAGCCCCUGCACGUUUCCAACCGCGGACGUCUGCCUCGAUGCACACGUGCCGUUCUUCAAACUGGACGCCAGGGUGCCGGAGGAAAAACGCGCCGCUUUUUGGAAGACUUGGAGAUACGCACUAAAAGAUGCGUCCAACUCCAACACCGGCGGCAUCAGCCUCAAUUAUGAUGUCCUCGUUGCGUACUCGCAGAAGCAUCCAGCUCCUAUGUAGACAACGCAUCUGGUGCGUGCUAUCAUCGCAGCUUUUAGGUGGCUGUGCUUCGCCUAAUUUUCUUCACAGUGACGAGUAAUAUUCGCAGCAAUG